AAUAGGUGAUGCUGAAUAGACCGGGACAAAGUGAGGAAGUGAAUUAGUGAGAGAAAGUUUAUGUGCAUGAGGCUGACUGCACUCAUAUCUCUCACAGUGUGAACAGGCUGCUGAACACAGACAAUGAGUGAGGAGCUCCCCCCUCUCAAUGGGUAACAUCACUGACUGGGGGUUUAAUGGGGGUGCAUGACAGGGGCUUUAGGUUGUAAUUGGGGAUAGUCAAGUGACCUUUGUUUAUCUUUUAUUGGCAGGAUGUGUCAUUCAUGUACAUGACAAGAUAUGAGUGUUUAUAAUCCGGGGGGACCAGGAAGUAGAUCCCCAGCUGUUGCAGAAGGACUGCAACCCCUUUGAUGCUUUGCCAACCUUAAAGCUGGUUAAGAAAUAUGGAAGUUCUGUUUCUGCAACAACUGGGCUGUUAUGGUUUCCCCUGGUUUACAUGGUAGAUUAUGGUGUUGGCUUAUCUGUGGCAUUCCAGGAGCAUGGGGCUGUUUCUCAUUACUCUCAGCCAGCCAUCUGACUGUAUAAGUGCGAGGGAUAUGCAGUUAACAGCUGUAUUACAAUACCAACGCUAAUUCUGAUCAUAUGCUAUAAUGUAAUUGUUCUAGUAACUGACAAUAAGGGCUCUGCAGUGUUAAUUGUUUCAUGUACCGCACCCCAUACUCUCCAACAACUAAUGAUGUUUGUUUAUUUAAUACACUGCAUUAUAGCAAACUGAAAUCCAAAUGUUUACUAUUACUUUUUGUGAAUGUUAAAUAAUCUACACAAAACUCCACGCUAUGCUGGAUCAAAAUGUGACUAUAUUGUAUAAACAAUGGCAUUUGCGCUGGUCCCACAAUAUAUACAGGGUUAUUCACUGAAGUGUGAACUGUUGUAAAUUUGGAAUUCAUUUAGAAAUUUUAGUUUAACAUAGUUAAAUUACUAAUAUUCUAAUACACAUUUUAUUUUACUUUGAAUUUCUAACAAUUCCCUCUGUAGUGAAUAACUCCUGUUAAAGUGGCACUCUGGACACCUAAAGUACCUUAGCUUGCUGAAAUGCUUUGUGUGUAAAAAGUGCCCACUUUGAUUUCAGUUUACAAAAGUACAUGACCACACAGCAAGAGUUUUCUAUAACCAAAAGAAAAUACAAUUAUUUUUUUCUAACUCUAUAACACCACCAUUUCCCUUCAAUAUUCUCUGACUCCCUUUAUGGUCAGUGGUAGAUUCUUGCGGACGGGCACCAGGGCAAGUGCUACCUUCAAUCUUACGUGUGUACAUAUUUAUUGUCAUUUUUUUUUUUCUCUAAAUUUGGAAAGCACCAUGUGUUCUAUUUAUGGAUGCAGUGCAGCCCCAAAUCCCGCUUCCAAUAUAUUACCCUCUGUAUUUGAUGGCAUAGGUGCAGGAACAUUAAAGAUGUGUUAUGGCUGCCUGUCACUGCUAUUCACGUUAUCUUGCGGUGUAGGCUUUGGCAUUCGAUCCUUUCUGCACCCAGCUCGGGCCACACUCAGUAAGAGAAUACCUUCUAAAUAAACCCCAUUGCCUGACACAGUUCCUGUACCUAUUUCACUAUGCUAGGAGUUAUUGUAAAUGUGCACCAGAACACUGUAUCUGAUACUCCACCACACACCCAUCUUCUUAUCACCCCUACUGGCCCUAUCAUUCCUAUCCCUUCUUCUCUGCAAGGUCAUAUUGUUUCAGAGAGAAAGUAAUAUUUGCUUAGUGCCAUUUUCUUUCUCCAUCCUCUUAUCCAUUCCACCACUCUGCAUCCUCAUGUAACAACCACCAACCCCCUCUACUACCCACAGCAUAUUCUAUUUCCACUUUCUUUCCUCUCCCUGUGCUCAUAUUACUCCCAUCCAUACGUUUCCCAUGCUUGUAUGACUCCCUAUCAUCCUUUUUACGGCUCAAUAUUCUGAUCACCAUUUGUGAUGGCAGUGAGCCUCACAAUCUAGUCUAAGUCUCUUAUUUUAUAGGCCCCUGUCCAACAGUUAUCCCCCAGCUGCUUGAGUGGAUCAACUUUUAUAAACUGAAAACUUCAAUACAGCAACUGCUGUCAAUCUACACACUGCCGAAAUCAUUAAACUAGCAAACCAGGCUAUGUGCCCUGUGUGUCAGUGCCAUGCUUUUGUGCAUGUUCUGGGUACCAUGUUGGGUGAUCCUAGUGUAAAUGUCUUUUAAUUUUACCAACACAAUGUGUACAUAACUCCAAUACCUUCCAACACCAUUUAUUUAAAAAAGGGGGUAUAAUAAAACCUCUUUAAAUAUAACAAACAUAACCAGUUGUGAGCCACUCUUGGUUUAGAUUCUUAACCCCAAGCCUGGAUGCAGUUUACACUGAAGAUGUCGUUACUCUCUCAAUUUGCCUUCUAGGCAUGGAGCGGAAGCUUUGUCCAAGAAACGGGAAGAUUAUUUGGAAUGGUGCGAAUAUUUUAUGGCUGUUGCAUUUUUAGCAGCUCAGAGAAGUAAAGAUCCCAGUUCCCAGGUAAAGUAUGUACAUGGAAGUGAUGCCAUGAGCUGGUUGAUGGUACAGGUAGUCCUCACUUUAUGACUUGCCUAUCUAACAAUGUCUCGGACUUAUGGCCAGCUCUCUAGUACGGGGUUUUGAGGGAUUCCCCACGUUAGAGAGCUGGUCUAUGGUCAGGGAAAUUUCCCCGAACAUAGACCUGUUUUGGUGCGCAUCCUCACUUACCGACCAAUUCGUUUUAUGAUCGAGUCGUAAGAAUGAAACGUGGUCGGUAAGUGAGGACUGUCUGUAAUGUGGGGGAUUUUAUGCAAUGGCCAGCCAUAGUUACAUCUCAUUGGACAUGUUUACAUUUUCAAAGGUUUAAAUAAGAAAGAUAAUCUAGUAACUGUCUGACAGGCACUAAAGUCAUCGUUUGAGACAAAUAUUGUUUCAGAGAGAAAGUAAUAUUUGCUUAGUGGACAUUUUUUUUGUUUGAGUGUCCUUUAAAGGGUUACUGUAAACAUAAACACCAUGCCCUCUACAGUGUUUAAGUUGUCAUGGUGCCAGAUACUUCAUUAUGAAGUGCUGCACAAACAUAGAUAUUUAAUAUUUUUACUGCAGGUGUACUCCCCAGCUCCAGCAGUGUCAUUAGGCAUCCUGGAGCGAUAGAUGUCAAUGAAUGACCAGCAGGAUUGGCAGUGGUCUUCUGCAGAAGCUGGAUGCCAUUCAACUGCUAUUAAAGGAUGAUUGACGCCCAGUUAAGAGGCAAACCAGUUGGCUCUAGGACAGGGCUUGACAAAUCCCAGGUCGCCCUGGCGCCUGGGAUAUGCCAACCCUUUAGCUAAGGAUGCCAGCUGAGGCAGCAAGGAAGAAGUGAUCAGUUCCUCUCUGCUGCCUCACGCACUGCUUAAUUGAACCGGAAUAUAAUGUAACUCCGGCACCAGGAUCUCUGCAGAGAGGAACUGCAGAAAGAUUAGAGAGCAGCCUCACAGGACCCAAUGGAAAUAUCCACUCCAGCUCUUCCAAAGGUAGAGACACUGUAUGGACUUAAAACAAAAAUGACAAUUUGUGAGUGUGUGAGAAAAUGUCUGUGUUUCUCAGUGUGCUGGUGUAUGCACCUGUGUGUCUCUGCUUGUUUAGGUACCUGCCCUUCCAAUCACACAAAAAAGGUGUUUGUACUUGCAUUUUUUCCCCACACUGUGCUCGUUUCGCCAAUGGCUAGUUCCUCCUCCAUAAAGAUUGAUGAUCUCAGCUAAGCCAAUUCUUUCCCAUAGGAAAGCGUAAGAAGGAUAUUGCGCAUGCGCAACUGUAUUUACAUUGAAAAGACUUGCAGGGCAGAUUAUAGACACCAGAACAACUACAUUAAGCUGUAGUGCUUCUGGUGACUAGUGUCCCUGUAAGAAUUGCAUGUUUCUCGUCUUAAAAUUAAACUUUGUCAGUUAAAAAAUAAAAAUGGCUCUUUGAUUCCAAACAGCCCUGCAUUAGGAUACUUCUAGCAUCAAACCAACUACAACAUUCUAUACUGGUUAUGAUGCUUGGACUAACCCUUUUAAAUAGGAAAGUGAUUUUGAGAUGCAUCAUGCUGUCUUCUGUCAAUGCCCUUCAGUUUUUAUGCAAUCACCUAAAAUAUAUAUGUUAACUAUGGGGAAUGAUUGCCAUAUAGUAGAGAUUUUGAAAUCUAUAAUAUCAAUUAUUGAUCGUGUAGUGUUGACUACGCUAUAUAUCCUUUUGAUUGUUAAUUGAUUUACGUAGCAUGUGUACAUUCACUUUUAACUGCAGCAUUGACUUUGUCCACAUUUAUAUGAUGUUGCCUUCCUCUGACGCCUAUGUCUGAGAACUACCUGUUAUUGUGGUAUAGUGUCAGAAAGAACUCCCUGUAAGCUGUUUGUCCAACAUUUUUGCAUGUAUACAGUAUUUAUACUUGUGUGUUUAGAGAUCUUUCGGCUGCAUAGACCUGCAGUUGCUUUAUGGGCCAGAAGCUGGUCAAUGAGAUGGAUUUCUGUUUUAACUUGCAAACUGUCUUUUUUUUUUUUUUCUUUUCAGGUGGGUGCAUGUAUUGUUAAUUCUGAGAACAAGAUUGUUGGAAUUGGCUACAAUGGGAUGCCUAAUGGUUGCCAUGAUGAUGUGCUUCCUUGGGCACGCACUGCUCAGAAUAAACUGGACACGAAGUAUCCGUAUGGUGUGUAAAAUUUGUGUGGUUUGAUGACUUUGAUAUGGGGUUAAAGUCUAAUAAGUACAGGGCAUGACAAAUUUGCUUUGAAUGUACCAGCUAGCAAAAAAAAAAAGUUAGGCCAGGUUUAUUUAUUUUAAAUAACAAUUUUCAAUUACUAAAUUACAAUUCUUAAAGGGACACUAUACUCACCAGAACCACUGCAUAAUAAUGUAAUGAUUCUAGUGUCUAUACCCUGUCCAUGCAGGCUUUUCAAUGUAAAUACUGCCUGGUAACAGUCUACAUACCUAGACCACUAGAGGUGCUUCCUAGUAAAGUACAGCACCUCUUUUCAGCGUCUCCACCUCUGCAGGCAAGUGCUGAAUGUUCCCAAUACAGAUGCAUUGACUCAAUACAUCUCUAUGAGGAGAUGCUGAUUAGCACAUGCGCAGUAGCCUCCCAAUGCUUUCCUGUGGGAAGGCAUUUGAUUGGCUGAGGUCAUAAAGAUUCAUUCUCAGCCAUGGAGGCAGGGCAAGCCACUGUGAGACCGGAACAGCAUGGGGGGGAGGGGGGGAAGACGCAGGUGCCAGGACAAAAUUCCAACUCGCCAUGGCGACCUGAUAUUUGUCGAGCCCUAAAUUAGGAUCUAUUUAUUCAAGAAAGAAAAACACAUAAAUAGAAAUGGUCAUAAUAUGUAUAAAGGAGUAUUUACACAUUUUUUAUUUUAUAAAUACUAAAUUUAACAUCUAAAGUAAUACAUUAACUUACAAAUCCAUUCCAGGGCUGAACAUACAAUAUAUGUAGCCCACGUAUGAGAAAUGUUAUCAGGGUUAUUCACUAAGGUGACAAUUCAAAGGGAGUUCCUCUAUAAAUAUGUGUGAAAUAAGAUCCUUUCAAGCCUUCAAUUAAAACAAAAUGUUUAUUUGGAUGAUUUCUCCCCCUCCCCCCAUAUGUGUUGAUACUGCAUAUAUAUUUGUACUGCCAUGAUAUAUACUGGAUAGAACUUAAUCUAUAAAAUUGCCUGUGAUAUUUCAAUUUUGAUUACCUUUCCAGUCACCCCUUUUCAGCUUCAAUUGUAGGACAGGUUGAUAUAUGCAUUUAGAAUCAUCCUAACCUUAUUCUCUCUCGGAAUAGCCAAAUGUAGGAACUUAUUUUUAUAAACCCAUCUAAUUUUUCCUACUAACUGAAAUUGAAUUUGUGCGGUAGUGUAAGAAAAAAAAAAGCUUUUGAAUGCUUUCCACUGGUUUUUGAAUGGAACCAGCUGUGGCACUUUCUGAAUGUGGUAUGUAGAUGAAAUGGGAUUUUGUAACUUUUUUUUAUUUUUUAUUUUUUAAUUUAUAAGUUUUAUUUUAAGACCUCUUCUGCAUUUGAAAUUACAUUUUUCAAUAGUAAACAUCCAUUUGGAGAAGGAAUACUGAUUGCUGCAAACGUGUUUUUAUUUAUUUAUUUUUUUGACACUUUUAUACCCUACCAAAAUACCUUUCUGUAUAUUUUAAAGUGUACCUGCUACGGUACACACAAUUUAUUUCAUUUUAAUAUGUACUGUGCUAGCAGAUAGAUAUAGAUAGAUAGAUAUAUAUAAUUUUAUUUUUUUUUCGAUAUUUCACCUCAAUGCCGGUAUACACAACUGUGAAUUCUCAGCCUGGAGACUGACUAUACGCUAUAAGAAGAGACUUCCUUGUUUUACAUGGAUUGACAGGAGCAGUAGGAGGAAUCUCCUGUGUGCUCCCCCAGACCUGGCCCUGUCUACCUCCAAUGUGUUUAGCCUUGAGGAAGUGCUCCUAAGCAGUGUUAAUUGUGUAGAAUAGGGGCAAAAGGUAGGCAGAGACAGAUGGACUGCUUUAAAGGGACACUAUAGUCACCUGAACAACUACAGCUUAAUGUAGUUGUUCAGGUAUGAUCUAUAGUUCCCUGCAGGCAAUCUAAUGUAAACACUGUAUUUUCAGAGAAAAUAGUGUUUACAUUGAUAGGCAUACCUCCAGUGGCCGUCACUCAGGCAGCCACCAGAGGGACUUCUAUCAUGCAGGGCCCUAAAAAGGCCUUGUACACGGCAGACGUAUUAAAAUACGUCUGAUGUGUGCAGGAGAGCGAAGGCACUGUCAGCAGAGGAGAGGGGGCGGGCAAAGACCGCGAGCUGAGCUGUCAGUCAGCUCAGCUCACCACCGCGCGCAUGCGCGUUAGUGCGCUCAGGACUUCAGAGGGCGACAUGAUUGCCGCCCUCUGAAGUAUGUGCACAUGUGUGGCGAAGCCGCACAAGGGAGCAAUGAUGCUUCCAAAUGGAAGCGUCUGAUUGCUCACGCCCGCCUAUGUCGUCAUUUUGACGAAAUAGGGGGCGCGGCUUCACGAGGCUCCCGGUGCUGGAACCAGGUGAAUAAAAUUUUUGCCUGGAGAGUCACUUUAAAAUCCACAAAGACAGUAUGACAGCAACAUUCUAAGCACUGCAUAGGAGGUUAGUCCAGGUCUAACAGCAAAAGUGGUCGGUUAACCCUGAAAGAUGGCUAACAUUUGGACGGUUUCUACAAAUGCAGACAGUGCCUGGAGAAUGGCCAUUUGACUGAUUUUUUUUUUUUUCUUUUUUUUUUUUGGUUCACUUCUAUAAGAACCCUCUGAAGAAUGGUGAAUGCAAAUCUCUCACAAAAGUACACCUUUUGCACCACAGUAAUUUAUCUUGUAGUUUUUUCAGGGGGGUGCAUGUAUUGUUAAUUCUGAGAACAAGAUUGUUGGAAUUGGCUACAAUAGGAUGCCUAAUGGUUGCCAUGAUGAUAUGCUUCCUUGGGCACGCACUGCUCAGAAUAAACUGGACACGAAGUAUCCGUAUGGUGUGUAAAACUUGUGUGGUUCGAUAACUUACUCCAAGCUUCUCAUGAUGCUAUGAUGCCAGGAGUACCCUGGCUGGGUUCCUCUGUAUUGGGGAAACCUACUCAGCAGUGGUUUACUCCCUUACAGGGGGGCAUUAUUCAUGGGUCAAGAGUUACGGCUGACCGCUCUCAGCCAAUGACUCAUUCUGUGCAUUGAAAGUUGCACAGAACUGGCAUUCGUAAACCUGGAACUCUAAUUGUGGGCUGACUAACACUGCAAUCACACUGAUGGAGGUGUAGUUACACCGCCGGCAGGAGAGGGGUUAAACUUCGUAUGUGCAGCAUUUCAAAUCGAAACAUUGCAUAUAGAAAGUCCAGGCACUGGACUACUGCAAAUUACUGAAGUGGUCAUGAUACUUGGAGUAACCGUUUUAAAAUUACCGGUAGAAUAAAGUGUUGUUUUUUUUUAAUUUAUUUUUUUAGUCUGCCAUGCUGAGCUUAAUGCCAUUAUGAACAAGAACUCUGCAGAUGUGAAGAACUGUGUCAUGUAUGUGGCUUUAUUUCCAUGCAAUGAAUGUGCUAAACUCAUUAUACAAGCAGGUAAGUGUAUAUAUUUUUAUUCUUUCACGAUCAAUAUAUUUAUUUGUAGUUAAAGGAACAAAUACAUUUAUGCAUUUAGCUUACCUUCAAUGGAGCACCAGGACAAUGUUCAAUCUGCUGCCCAAACACCUAUUAUAAGAUUAUCAAUCUCGAUGAUCUCUGGUUCACUCCGAUGACUCUUGUAGAAGCAUUACAGACCUAUGGUGCAUCAGUGGCAAUCAUCUGCUAAUUCUAUGCUUCUCAUAAAAUGUCAUGUGUGACGAAGCCCUGAGAUAAUGAAAUGACAGCCACUUGAGAUGUGUGCUUGGCAAACUGUAAACAUUACCAUUUUGUCAGAAACAUUGUCUGAGAAAGUGGACAGCAUCUAUGCACUGUAUUAAAGGCAUUCUAUAGUAUAAGGAAUAAAAAUCUGUAUUCCUUACACUACAGUUCCCACUGGACCUCCCCCACCCCCUUGAAUCCCCUUUGGCAUGGAAAGGGUUAAAAAACAUUCUCCCUCGGCAAUGAGUUGGUGCCCAAUGGGGGGGUGUUAAUGUGCGUUGAGCUCCUUUAAAGGGCGUUAGGUGUUCCCCACAGGAAAGUAUUGAUUUAAUGCUUUCCUAUGUGGAUUUUUCGGACGCUCAAUGUGCUCAUACAGAGCGUGUGGCUGUCCAACGUCAGGUGACCAAAAGUUGCUUAGCCAACAGGAAGGGCCUCUAGUGGCGGUCUGACAGCCACUAGAGGCAGUCUUAGUCCUGGAGUUCAAUUAUUGCAGUUUCUCUAAAACUGCAAUUAUUUAGAUUGCAGGAUUCAGGGGGACAGGGACACUGCAACCAGACCACUUCAAUAAGCUAAAGUGGUGUGGGUGCCUAUAGAGUCCCUUUAAGAGUUAGUGAUUUUUGGUGCUUAGCAUCCCUCUGUCUGCACUAAUUUGAUGAAACUGAAGCCUUACAUUUUAUGUUUUUCUCAACCAUGUUACAGAUCCUAGAUAUAUGAUUAAUGUCCUAUAUAAAUGUAACUGUCACAAAAUAAUUUGCUUUUUUUUUUUUUAAAGCUUUAAAGCUGUCCUUUAUUAUAAAACAGGCUUUGCACCCCAUAUGGUAAAAAUGUACGUGUAUAUAUACCAAACCCCCAAAAUGUAAAGAAUGCAAACUGAAUAUGUUAUACACACACUUCCCCUCUAAUAUAGGGGAUCUAAAUUGAAAGAAAAGCCAGUGGUAGAAAAAUGUUAUCGAAAGUUAAACCAAUAAGGAUUUUGAUUUUCUAUUCCAUACACAAUCCUAUGUGGCUUUUUAUAAAAGGGGAAAAAAAUAAAUUAUGGAAACCAAAUCAUAUAUUUACCCCUUAUGAUAUAAGCACAACAGCCUGUCUAACAGGAUUUUAGACCCCACCAGAGGUAGUGGAUUGUGAGUUCCUGAACCUUUUUGAAUGUAAUUUGAUACAACAUGCAGGUUACAAGUUUUGAAAAUUUUCUGAAAUGUUUUUGUUCUGGAAGAAUAUUAAUAGAAUCUUAAUCUUUGUGUGCUAUUGCUGACAUUAUUAUUUUAUGUCCAUAGGUAUAAAAGAAGUAAUAUUCAUGUCUGAUAAGUAUCAUGACUCACCAGAAAUGCAAGCAUCAAGACACAUGUUUGACCUCUCUGGAGUCAAAUACACGUAAGGACAUAUAGUAUUUCUAUUCUUUUUAGAGUAAAUUGUCAUGUGAAUUUAUUUUUCACGAUAACUAGAGGGUUUGUGAAGCUCCACUUCAGCUUAUUGGUCUUCAGGAACAACGUAUUGAAAAGGUUAUGGUGCUAGGAUUUUGUAAGGAUGCUAUAGGGUCAGGAAAACGAGUUUGUUUUCCUAACACUAUAGUGAUACUUUAUGUGUUAACACAGUCACAGAGAUGAUACACCAGUGAGACACUCCAGGGGUCUCUCGGGGCUUAACCCCCAAUGUAUGAAAAAGGAAUAAGCCAAAAUCUUCUCACAUAAGUGAGGAGAGGGCUCCCUGGAUAUAUACCAGUAUCUAAAGUAAUGGUGUGAUCUCUGUGGUGGAGACAAAUGUAACAAAAACGUAUCAGCAAAAUGGCUAUAUACAUAAAUUCCUGAGCCUUGUAAGGCUAUUCCUAUAUUGCAUGAAAACAGGUCUACCACACAGUAUACACGACUGGCUUAAAUGUUGGUAAAAAGUAGGUCCAGUGUAUGGUAGAUUCUGUAUGUAUAUUAGUCAGAUUUGAGCAAAGAUCAUCACAGUAUGUGUAUCAAAAUAAUAUACAAAGUAAUCAUGCCAAUCGUAUCAAUAAUACUAUACUAAAAUAAUACCUGAUGGGACGGGUCUACUAAACAGUGCACAUGACCAGGUGGUACAAAUAGCAAUAAUUUGUACCACUUGGAUACAUUUUUUGUGAUGAUUUUUUACUCCAUCUCAGACUGAAAUCUGACUUAGAAAUAUACACAGGAUCUCCCUUAUACCAGGCCCAUUUUGGCUGAUUUUUUUUUUUUAUUUAAAUAAAGCCAGUCAUGUGCACUGUCACAUCAGGUAAAGGAAUAGCUUAUAAUUUCUUCCUCUUCUCCCCUCCCCCCCCUAUUUUCUGAGUCAGAUUUUACUACAAUUUAUCUCCUUCUUACCAGUCUAUGCGAAGACCACCCUUUGACUCUGUAUUAAAGGAGCACUAUAGGGUCAGGAACUCAAAUGUAUUCCUGACCCUAUAGGGUUAAAACCACCAUCUAGCCACCCCCUCGUGCCUUCCUAAAAAUAUUAAAACUUACUUGUAUUAAAGUCUGCAGCUACAUAUUUUGUCCCUGUUUCCUUUAGACCGGCCUGCUGACAUGGGCGACCACAGGGGGAUCAAGGUAUUUUGCAGCUUGUUCUGCUAAUUUUCGUGUGAGAUUGAAAAUACAGUGCAAUAAUGGCGCCGGCCAGUAGGUGGCGCUGUGUAUGGAGAGAGACAGGGUUAGGAAGCUGAGUCUUAUCCCUGCUUCUCUCUGACUGAAUCCGCAGGGGAGCAACACAUACAUCCAGCAGAGAUAUCCUAUUGAUCAGGUAAGUGAGGCAUGGGGGGCAGAGAUAGGACUGUGUCAAAUGAAGGAGAAGAAAAGGAGAUUGGAGCAGGAAGGACAAGUGAAGUGAACCCUCCACUUUAUUCUGGACACCACAUCAUAAGGCUUUGGUACCGUUGGGUAGGGGUGUUGCUGAUUGGCUAGAGCGGUCAGCUGGCACUCUAAGCCAAUCAGUAGCUCCCCAUUCAUAAAAAAGUAAAACAUUUUUAUGAACUGGGAACUAGCGAUUGGUUUAGAGCAUCAACUGACCACUCUGGCCAAUAUACAGCACCCAUGCCUGACGUCAAUGUGCACUUCCUGACACUCUGAAAGGGUCUGCAAUGAGCAGGAAGGGGUAGCAAUGAGCGGGAAGGGUCUGCAAGGGGUGGGAAGGGCCUGCAAGGAGCAGAAAGAGAAAGUAGCAGAAAGGUAAAGGAGCAGAAAGUAGCAGAAAGGUAAAGGAGCAGAAGGAGCCAAGGAGGAGGGAAGACAGUGUCAGAAGAAAAAGACUGUAUCAAAUGGAGAAGAAAAUGAGAUUGGAGCAGGAAGGACAAGUGAAGUGAUCCCUCCACUUCAAUCUGGACACCACAUCAUAAGGCUUUGGUACCUGGGCCUGGCAGGAAACUUUGGACCUUCUCAUCUCCCCAGGUAAAAAACAUAUCAGAACUAGAGAUUGGCUUAGAGCAUCAACUGACCACUCUAGCCAAUAUACAGCACCCAUGCCUGACGUCAAUCUGCACUUCCUGACUCUCUGUUUCAGAAGACGAAUACCACUGAGCGACCUGGAGAUCUGGAGCUGGAGGAAGCCUUUGGGGUUAAACCAUUUGAGAGUGAUUUAACCCCUUAAAGGAAAGAGAGCGCCCAGUGGCUUCCUGGCAUCAUAGCAUUUUAAUUUAGAUGAAGUUGUUAUGGUGACCAGAAUGUUCCUUUAAUUUGCUUAAAGGAACACUAGUGUCAGGAAUACAAACCUGUAUUCCUGACACCAUAGUUGUGAAAACGCUAUUCACCCUGGCUUUAUGUGAUAAUGACUAUGCUCCUCCCCUUCAUGACACUGUCAAAAAGGGACCAUGCAUGGAUGUCAUUACAAUUAUACCCCUCCAUGGAAAAAUUCCUGCGGACGCCCAUGCCUGCUGACAUCAACAGAAGUGGUAGCCUGAUCCAAUCAUGAUGCUUCCCCAUAGGAUUGGCUGAGACUGACAAAGAGCCAGAUCAGGGGCAAAGCCAGCACAAUUCAAACACAGCCCUGGCCAAUCAGCAUUUCCUCAUAGAGAUGAACUGAAUCAAUGAAUCUGAGGAAAGUUCAGUGUCUGCAUACAGAGGGAGGAGAUACUGAAUGUGUGGAUGCAUUUUAGGCAGCCAUGACCCAGGAAGGAUCUCUAACAGCCAUCUGAGGAGUGGCCAGUGAAGUUAUCACUAGGCUGUAAUGUAAACUGCAUUUUCUCUGAAAAGACAGUGUUUACAGCAAAAAGACUGAAGGUAACAAUUCUACUCACCAGAACAAAUUCAAUAAGCUGUAGUUGUUCUGGUGACUAUAGUGUGUCCCUUUAAGGCAGGGGUUCCCAAUUAAUUUUUCCCCUGGAACCCUUUGACAUAGUGUAUCAACAUCGUGGAAACCCCCGCCCCCACACAGAUACACACCUUGACACACUGUGUGUGUGUGUGUGUGUGUAUCUCUGUGUCAGUGUGUGUAUAUGUAUCUGACACACGGAUAUACACGGAUACACACUGACACACACCUUUACACACAGAUACACACACUUGCACCCACAUAUACAUACAAACACACUGAUACAUACUGGCAUAUACACACUCUUUGACAGACACACUCUCACUGACAGACACACACUCUUUGACAGACACGCAUACUUUUACAGACACAAAUACAAACACAUAUACACUCUCAUUGACAAGAACAGAUACAUUCUUGCUGACAAACACAUACACUCACACACUCACUGACAAGUACACAUUCACUCUCACUGACAAACACACAAAAACUCCCUAUCAGACACAUACAAUUUUUUUUAUUUUUAAACAUUUUACUCCACCCAGCCCCCCCCCCCACCUUUAGGAAGGCUGGCAUGGAGUCAGUGGGGCUUCUGGCAGCUUGGCAGAUAGUCAGGAGGUCUGGCAGACAGGUGAGCGGUGGUGACAUGCAGCGAGGGAGUUCUGAUCUCCCUGCUCACCUCCCUAGCGCGCCUCUUAGUGAUGCCAGAGUGACGUCAUAUUCCGGCUCCGGCAUCACUGCUGUGCGCGUGAGGGAGCUGAGCAGGGAGAUCAGAGCUCCCUGCUCCAUCGCUGCCCGCGGCCAUAUUUUUUAUUUUUAUUUUUUUACUUUUUUUUUUUUUUUUUUUUUUUUUGGGCGCAUCCCUAGGGUUCCGCGGAACACCAAUUGGGAAACGCUGCAUUAAGCACAUCACUUGACAGACUUAUGUUUCCACAUAUAUUGGAAUAUCCUGCAAUUACCAUCACAACAUCAAAAGUAACACAUGCUAGUAUUAUUGAUACGAUUGGCAUGAUUACUUUGUAUAUUAUUUUGAUACACAUACUGUGAUGAUCUCUGCUCAAAUCUGACUAAUAUACAUACAGAAUCUACCAUACACUGGACCUACUUUUUACCAACAUUUAAGCCAGUCAUGUAUACUGUGUGGUAGACCUGUUUUCAUGCAAUAUAGGAAUAGCCUUACAAGGCUCAGGAAUUUAUGUAUAUAGCCAUUUUGCUGAUACGUUUUUGUUACAUUUGUCUCCACCACAGAGAUCACACCAUUACUUUAGAUACUGGUAUAUAUCCAGGGAGCCCUCUCCUCACUUAUGUGAGAAGAUUUUGGCUUAUUCUUUUUUCCUUAUAGCUCCUCCUAGAAGCAUUGCCAAUCUGUGAACAGGGAAUUAUACCUCCUGGCUCUCAUGCCACUGAAAUGGUAUGUCAAUUUUGAUAUAAGUACUUGGAAGAGAAGCUGUAAGUCCAAAUAUUGACCAGUCCCUGUGAUGACUGGUGCUGCUAAUGGUGUGAGACAGUGACAGACGGUAGUCACUGCAAGUUUUUCACAUUGACGUACUAUGUUUUACCUGUACUUUGUUUUUUGGUUGGUUUUGGCACUUAACAUUGGCUAUGUUACAGUAUUAAAAAAAAAAAAAAAAGGGAGAGUUAUUUUUAUUUUUGAGUUUUGCAGCCUAUGUCUUCGUGGUAGGCUUUUAUGCAAAUUUGUAAACCAUAGUGGUUACAAUUUACACUUCAAAAUAACUGGUGAGGAAAAAAAAACCAGCAUGGUGAAGUCUGCCUUUAGGAUCUACCUCUGCAGCUAUUAUUGGUGCAUACCAUUUACAAAUUGAGGUGGCGGGUGUACUUUGAGAAGUGCAUGUAAGUUUGUUUUACAAAAAGUUCACAUUUUAACUUCUAGAACAAUAAAACCGCUACAAGGAUGAAUGUCACAUAUUUUAAAUUCCAUUCAGAGUAAAUGGAAAUGUUAGAACGAUUUUGCUCAAAUGAAAGCGAGAAAAACUUUAGCAAUGAAACCAACUCCUGGAGCUAAGUUGUUAAAAAUGUUUUCUUUCCCUGAUAAUUUGUGAUCUCUGUUAGCUGAAAAACACACAGCCUCAGCAACCCCAUGUGUCGUUUUGUUUCAGUAUAUCCCUUCUAAGGAUUCUCUCUGCAUGGGGCACUAUAAUUGGCUCCUCCAAAGAUAGCGCAGAUCCUAAGAAAUAUUUAUAUAACUGGGUUUUUAUGGGGUGGGGGGCAGAAGGAAUCCAAUUUUAUACAUUAACAAAAUCUGCUUGUGUAACAUAUUUCAACAUACAUGUACCUUAUUCUCUUAUAUAUUUUAUUUCUUCUUCCUUUUCAGGAAAUUUGUUCCAAAGCGCAGAAAGAUCGUCAUAGAUUUUGAUUCGAUCAAUACCAGACAGAGUCUGAAACCACUGUAAAAGCUCUUUUGUUAAAUUCAGAAAUAAUAUCAAAAUGGCUUUUUCACGUAUAUAAAACCAUAAAAUAUUAUCUCUCACACGAUUAUAUAUUUUUUUUCUCUGUAUAGUUUUAGUAUUACACAGAUUUCAUUGAACAUUCUGCUUUUCUAGUAUAUUUGAACUAUCUUCUGUGUUUAUUGAUAAAUUCCUGUGAAUCUUUACUUUUUGGAAAAAACACAUGGAUGUAUCAAUUUCACCAAACAUGCUGUGUUAAAUUAGUAUGCUGUAGACUCCUUAUUAAACUGCUGAGAAUCGGCUUAAUUAACCAACUGUUUACUAAAGACUGUUACUGUACGAAGUCCUGGAAUGGAAUACAUAUACGUUUUCUAGUGCGGAGAACAGAAUUCAAACUGAAAUUAGUGGUUUUAAACCAUUUAUGUGCUCUGUUGGCAUCACCUUCAUUUUUUUUUUCUCUUCUCCAAACAGUAGUUUUUCAAUUUUCAUAUGGCGGUUUGCUUUAAGAGUAUAUAUAUAUAUAUAUGUGUGUGUGUGUGUGUAUGUAUGUAUGUAUAUAUAUAUAUAUAUAUAUAUUAGUGUAAGACGUACAGUUAUAAAGUUAAUGUUAGUAGGUUAGAAUGGGUUAGUAGGUUUUACUACUUCAUGUUUAAGUGUCUUUUUAAAGGUGCUGCUAUUAAAAACACAUGAAACUGGUUAUUGGUAUGUUUUUGUUUUUUCUACUUUUAAACUGUGAUACAAG